GGCGACUCGUCCGUAACCCACCCCCCACCCCCCCUCCCCCCGUAACGUUGUAAGGUGACCAUGGCCGCCGUCCCGGCUGCUCUCCUCCCGCCGAACUCUCUGGUCCCUCCGCCGCCUCCUCCUCCGCCCCAGGUCGCGUCCAGCAGCACCGGCAUCAGCGCGUCCCCGCCGUCGGCCACCUCCUCUCCGUCUCCGUCCUCCUCCUCCUCGCUGCCUCCCCUGCCGGCUGCGGUGGGAGCCGCACAGACGCUCUUCCGCUCUGAGCUACUGGCCGCCGGCAGCCCGGCGGGCAUCGCGGCGGCCGGCAAACCCGUCUACUCCACUCCGUCGCCCGUGGAGAACAUCCCGCAGAAUAAUGAGUGUAAGAUGGUGGAGCUGCGCGGGGCCAAGGUGGCCUCAUUCACGGUGGACGGCUGCGAGCUCAUCUGCCUUCCCCAGGCGUUCGACCUGUUCCUCAAGCAUCUAGUGGGGGGCCUGCACACAGUCUACACUAAACUCAAGAGGCUGGAGAUCACGCCGGUGGUGUGCAACGUGGAGCAAGUCCGAAUCCUCCGCGGGCUCGGUGCGAUCCAGCCCGGCGUCAACCGGUGCAAGCUCAUCUCCAGGAAGGACUUCGAGACGCUCUACAACGACUGCACUAACGCCAGCUCCAGACCCGGUCGGCCUCCGAAGAGGACCCAGAGUGUGACAUCGCCCGAGAACCCUCACAUCAUGCCCCACACGGUCCCCGGUCUCAUGUCCCCUGGCAUGAUCCCACCCACAGGUCUCACGGCGGCAGCGGCUGCGGCAGCCAACGCAGCCAUCGCAGAGGCCAUGAAAGUCAAGAAGAUCAAGUUGGAGGCCAUGGGCGGCUUCCACGCCAACGCCAACCACCACCACGGGGCCGACGGUGAGAACGGAGACCUCAGCUCCAGCGUCGGCCUGGAACUGCCCUUUAUGAUGAUGCCUCACCCGCUGAUCCCCGUCAGCCUGCCUCCAGCUUCCGUCACGAUGGCCAUGAGCCAGAUGAACCAUCUCAGCACCAUCGCCAACAUGGCCGCUGCGGCACAGGGCCAGAGCCUACCCUCGAGAAUGGUCACCUCUGUCAUUAAGGGCUGUGUGUUGUCACUGCAGGGCUUGCAGGAGCGCAUUCAGGAUAGUCCCUCCCCUGUCCCGUCCUUAGAGGACCACCGAAGGCCCGGCAGUCACCCGUCGUCUCACCGCAGCAGCAGUGUGUCCAGCUCGCCCGCCCAUACGGAAAGCUCUUCAGACAGGAUACCACCACACCACAACGGCCUGUCCAUGAACCAAGCCCUGCUCGGCUUGUCCCCCAACAUCCCGCCUGGGCCUAAGGAGGGAGACCUGGCCCAUGACAUGAGUCACGAAGUGAAGAGGAUGCAUGCAGAAAAAGAUGAUAACCUGAUGUGCACGCCAACAGCGAGGGACAGCUAUGAGCGGUUGUCUCUGGCUGGACCAACUCUGCCUCCUGGCUUCCCCUCGCCCUUCCUCUUCCCAGAUGGCCUGUCGUCAAUAGAGACUCUCCUCACCAACAUACAGGGCCUGCUGAAGGUGGCCAUCGACAAUGCGCGGGCUCAAGAGAAGCAGGUUCAGCUGGAGAAGACGGAGCUGAAGAUGGAGCUUUUCCGAGAGCGAGAACUCCGGGAAACUCUGGAAAAGCAGCUGGCCAUGGAGCAGAAGAACAGAGCGAUCAUCCAGAAGCGUCUGAAGAAGGAGAAGAAGGCCAAGAGGAAACUGCAAGAAGCUCUGGAGUACGAAUCCAAGAGGAGAGAGCAGGUGGAGCAGACCCUCAAGCAGCCGUCACCCGCCGACAGCAUGCGCUCACUCAAUGACGCUCUGACCCCUGAGAUGGAGAGCGACCGCAGCAGCGGAAGAACAGAUGCUGAAAGGACAAUACAAGAUGGCAGACUCUUCCUCAAAACAGCCGUGAUGUACUAAUAGUGCCGACAGGAGCUACCUACUUGGAGGAAACCUGGUGGGAAAAGGGCGAUUAAAAGAAAAAAAAAUGGAAACAAAGGAUCGAAAAGAUUCUCCAGAGUCCAUUUCCAGGGCGAUUUUGUUUUGGGGACAUUGUGAAGCUGCUGCUUGAAAGGAAUGCUGGAGGAAGGUGUGCUUGAAUGUAGAAUAAGCAAGUUUUUUUCUCUCCUUGGGAUUUGAGAUAGUUUUGACCUGGGGAAAAAAAAACAAAAAAAAAAAACGGCUUCCGGUCGUGGAUGUUGAGCACAGUCAAAACGUUGGCACCGACUCAUCCAACCGCAGCACUGAAGAUUUGUUUUUAAUACCAGUGACAUGAAUUUGCCCGUUUUUGUAUUUCAAAUUCGAAUUUUCAAACAGAAAAGACGGAAAAACAUCCAGAGGAAAAUGGUUUUCUUAGAUGACAACGCAAUCAAGUUUCCUUUCUCCCACUGUUGUACAUGCAAUGCCUAACAGUAAUGGGACAACUGGAGCAGAUUGAUAUGAUAUGUGUAUAUAUAAAUAUAUAUUAAAAAAUGUCAUGCAGUAGAACUAAUAGGCAAACAGUACCACCGUUUAUAUAAACUUCUCUUUUUUGGGGUUUUGUUUUCCGUUGUAUUCCUGAGCCAUCCUUCUUUCCUAUAGCUGCCACUUUGUUGAGAAAGCAUGCAGGCAUGAUGUAAAUGUUUGUCCUGGAAUUAUGAUAUUUAAUAAUAAAUCCUAUAUUGUGCUGAACAAACAUUUAGGGUUUUACUCACCACCACACAAAAAAGUUUCAAAUUGAAGACUUUUCCUCUUCGUACGCUCGUACUGUAAUCUUUGUAACAGAGGUGAUAUUUCUUGGAAUUUUGCUGUACAUUUUGGAUGAUUUUGAAUCCUCAACAUCGGCACCUUUUUUUUUUUUUUUAAAGAGAAUCAAGAAACUCGAAAACAAUCCGUCAUUGUUUGUGCAACAAGUUCUCUCGGUAAAGACAGCCUCCCUCCUCCCCCUCCAUGACUUUCCUGGUAUCCCGUUGGAUCAAAAGUGAACUUUUGUCCCUGAAAGACUUUUAAACGUGUAUGUAUAUUCUUACAGAAAUAACCUAAUGUCACUUUUGAGCGUAUGUGUUCCAAUCAGAAGAAAAAGUAAAAGAAGCCUCCCGUGUGUGUGUUUUAUCACUGAUAACUUAUAUAGCUUCUUGUUUUUCCCUCUCAAAAUCAUCUCUUCAUUGUACUUACAAUAAUGUUGACAAUAAAACCAUGUGAGCGUGAGCAAGGGGGUGCGCCCGCUCUUUUUUUUUUCCAUCUAUGUAAAGGGUGGCCGAGGGUGGGGUGUGGGUCACCAAAAAAAAAAAAAAAAAAAAAUUGCAGGUAUGCUGUACUGUAGAAAAUGACUGAGCAUAUUGUUCUUCUUUUGUAUAGCAGUGAAAGAAAAUGUAUAAUCCUUUAUCCUCCUGGUGUGUUUUUGGGAUGGGGGUGCGCACCUUUGACCUCGAUGUGUUUUUUUUUUUAGGCUCAUUGGAGACCCACAAUUUAUGUAAGUGCGGGUGUAACCAAGCUGACUGUAAAUAAAUUAUUCCCUGUGUUCUUUCAA